UAAAUCCAAGAAGAAGAAGAAGAAGAAGCAGAAACACCGUGGUCACGUGCAUCUGAACAGCUGAUCUUGACGUCAGGAAGCAACAUGGCGGACUGGAACAGAGGUCAUGGCUCUGUCGACAGCAUGCUGGAUGCUGAAAACAAGCGACUGGCUGAUAACUUGGCCAGUAAAGUGUCCCGACUGAAAUCGCUGGCUUAUGACAUUGACAGAGAGGUGGAUGAUCAGAACGACUACUUAGACAACAUGGACUCAAACUUCAUGAGUGCAACGGGCCUGUUGAGCGGGAGUGUGAAGCGGUUUUCCACAAUGGUCCGAUCUGGCAAAGACAAUCGACGCCUCCUCUGCUACGUCUCCGGAGGACUGGUCCUUGCCUUCUUUCUUCUCUAUUACCUGGUUUCCAGGAUCCAGACCUGAUUUCAGGAGAACGUCGUCAACCCAUGUUGAUGUUAAACUCAGACUGACAAACCUUAUCUGAUAGGCUUGAGCAGCCUCUAAGGUUCUCAUGCUAAGAAAAUACCUUUUUGAUAAAAAGGUAUUUUAUGUAUAUAUAUGUAUGUUUAGCUGAACUGAUGUACAGCAGAUGGUAUUUGCAAUCUCACUUGGGGAAACUAUAGUGGGUGUUAUGCUAAAGAGCAGGGGACAUGUCAACAUGCCGAUGCUUUCAGGAGCUGAGCGAUUCCAAAGUGGAGAAGAAAAAAAGGCAUCACUCAAACACAUCAAGGAGGAACAAUGAACUGUUACGUCCAGCCCUGCUCGGUCAUGCUUUCAGGCCUGGAUCUCUAUGAUGAUUACGCCUUGUGAUUGUUUGAGAAGAAUCUAAACAGAAUGGUUGACCCACUGCCGUCAUGCUUCUGGUUCACCUCAGAUUUAAGUAAGUAGACUGAAUUUACAAAGUGCUAGUCAUAGAGCCAAAACAACAAUAACACAUAUUUCAAUAACAAUAAUACUGAACAUGUGAUCACAGCUACAGCACACCAGGCUGGGAUGCAAGCAGAGCAGUAAACCCUUUAUGGUCAUACAGUCAGGUGUCUGUUAGUCUGCUGAUUCAAAUUUUUUUUUUAUACCCCAAGUUUUAUAAAUAAUAAUAAGGGGUUUUCUGUCUUUAUAUUGCUAUGAAAGAAUAAGCAGAUGAAUUGAUUGAAUAACUUCUUGGCAAUAUGACAACUUGAGUCCUGUCCAAACUAAUUUAUCUUCAGUAAACAAUUAAUGCUGGUCACAAAAAUUCCUGUUUUCUUGUGAAAAGAUCAUUUCUUUUUUGGGGGGAAAAAAAAGUUUGUGAACUCAUAAAUAGUGGUUUAAAACCCAAUAUUUUGUUUGAUUCGAUAUAUUCAUUUGAUGUAUUCAUUGGUUUUUAAAAGCGAGGGGGAAAAAAGCAAUGCAUUCUGUUCUGUUUAAUCCUUCAGUAUGUGUGUGUCAGGCUGAUGAGAACUUGUUAGUGGAGUCGCAAGUUUAAGAACCACUGAUGAACUAAAUAGCUCUACAAAUUAAUUCAUCAUUCCUAUCAGCAAACUUACUUAGAAGAUACUGUUACCAUAUUGGAAUUUCCAUGUUCUUUUUUAUGUUUUACUGUGUUUACUUCACCAAUUAUGAAUAUCAUCCAUUGUUAAAUUUCCAAUUGGUCUUUAGCUUAAUUUUUUUUUCGAAGCAUCCAUAAAAAGUUUAGAGAACUGAUUGUUUUUGUGUAUUUCUCAACUCCCCCAAGUUUCCAGGUUCUUUGGACAUGUGUUUGUUUUAACAGCAGACUUUUAUUUACUGAUUGGUCAAUAUUAAUCAUUAGUAAAUUAUAGCACAGUCUUCUUUUUUAGACCCUAAGUGUCAAGGGAAAAAAAGCAGGACGGUUUAGAUUUGAAACUUUUUCUGAUAAAUUGAUACAAUCCAAUAGGAAACUCUUGAUGUGUAAUGGUUAAUUUAAUAUGGAUGAAAUUCAAACUUAUUUUUUCAAUAUGUGUAAAGCUUUGUGUAGCAUACUGUCUGCUUUCAAUACUGUACCAGUAAAUAAAUGUUUUGUGUGUGUUUGCC